GCUCAAAGGUCGGUUGUUGAUCGUUGAUCGUUUUUUCAUCACUUUCGUCUCCCCCAUUCCCCAUCUUGCUUCCAGCAUCAGUGAAACCUUCUUGUUACCAUCGCAAUGAAUACUCGAUUUGGAUUCUUUCUGGUCCUCGUUGUGAGUCUCACCCUUUCAACCGUAUACCCUGCAGAACAAAAAUCUCGCUUCGAGUCUCUCUUCCCAGUCCUCCUCGGAUUCCUCCUUGGUCUCCUCGUCGCCGAAACACCACUUGCCAGUCGACUUCAGGAGCUAUUGGGCCUCAGCUCUAGGCACCCAGACAAGGUCGGCCUGGAUAUUCUGCAUUCACAAGGAUCAUCCGAGGGCAAAAAUGCGAAAUCACAGUUGGAUCAGAAGGUCAUGUAUGGACUGCAACACGCGUUCCUGAACCUGGAGGUCACUGGAUGGUGGUUUAAUAUGGGUUUGUGGGACGAGGAGAAGAAGCCGAUGCGGUUCCAGGACGCGUGCAAGGCCUUGGUGGAGAAGGUCACCAGUAAAAUCGGUAUCAACCAACAGAGCCAUAUUCUUGAUGUUGGAUUUGGAUGCGGAGACCAGGAUGUGUAUAUGGCAGAGUUGUACCAGCCAGCGCGGAUCACCGGGAUUACAAUCGAACCCAUUCAGCACCACGCAGCACAGGAGUUAAUUAAGCGGACAAAACUUCCAGGAACCGAAAUACAGCUCUAUGUUGCAGAUGCGUCUAAACUACCCGAGUUCCUGGAAUCGACUCCCACAGUUUUCAGCAAAAGGCCAUCUACCUCUUCAACACCAUCAGCAACAUCGAUAACAACGGGUCAACAUUUCACACACGUUGUCUCGAUCGACUCGGCAUACCACUACAACACCCGGGCCCAAUUCCUGAAGAAUGCCUUGAAGGUUCUCCAACCCGAGACUGGACGCCUGGCGAUGGCAGAUAUGAUCCUUGCAAGGCCUGCACCAACCUCUGGAUUGGGCCGAUCGAUUUUCGAGGCAGUGUUCAAGGCGAUGGAGGUGCCAGUCGAGAACAUGAAGACCAUGGAGGAAUACAAACAGGAUUUGGUCAAUGCUGGAUUCGUGGAUAUUGAAAUUGAGUGUAUUGAGGACCGAGUGUUUUCGGGAUUGGCGGGGUAUAUCGAGAACCAGAUGGGUCGAUUGGGAGGGUUGGUGAAACCGGGAGUGAAUUGGACGUACUGGGCGCUUUGUAAGGGGCUAUGGUGGUUGGACCGGUCCAAGUGGCUGCAUUUCGUGGUUGUCGCCGCCAGGAGUGGACCCGCCAGUCAGUAAUGAUAGCUCUUGCAGCGGAAUAAAACCGCUUUCA